AUGGUCGGUGUAAAGAUCACCUCAUGGAACACUUCAGUUGUGUCCGUUCUGGCACUCCUUGCUAGCGAAGCCAUUGCCAGUAAUCCUUUCCCGGAUUGCACGACAGGACCAUUGAGCACAUUGGCAGUAUGCGACCCUUCUAAAGAUGUGCUCACUAGGGCCAAUUCCCUUGUGGCUGCCAUGACGUUGGAGGAGAAAAUCAACAACACGAUAUACCAGUCUCCCGGGGUACCUCGCCUUGGUUUGCCUGCGUAUAACUGGUGGAGUGAGGGUCUACAUGGUGUCGCCGGUUCCCCUGGCGUUCAUUUCGAAGCAAGUGGACCCUUCAGCUACGCAACCUCUUUCCCGUCGCCGAUCGUUCUGGGCGCUAUGUUUGAUGACGACCUCGUGAAGCAGAUUGCCGCUGUGAUCAGUACGGAGGGUCGUGCAUUUGGUAAUACUGGUCACUCCGGUUUCGACUUCUGGACGCCCAACAUCAACCCGUUCAAAGACCCUCGUUGGGGUCGUGGACAGGAGACUCCCGGAGAAGACGCUUACCAUGUUGCUCGAUAUGUCUAUAGCCUUAUCGACGGCCUGCAGAAUGGAAUUGGACCUGCACACCCAAAAGUUGUUGCGACAUGCAAGCACUUCGCAGGGUAUGAUCUUGAGGACUGGGGAAAUGUCACACGCCAUACGUUCGAUGCCAUCAUCUCCACCCAGGACCUUUCCGAGUAUUACCUGCCUUCCUUCCGGUCUUGCACACGUGAUGCAAAAGUCGAUGCGGUGAUGUGCAGUUACAAUGCCGUCAACGGAGUUCCCAGCUGCGCCGACUCGUACUUACUCCAGACAAUUCUACGGGAUCACUGGAACUGGGAAGCAACGGGGCAUUGGGUCACGUCAGACUGCGGCGCGAUUGACGAUAUCUAUCAAGCUCACAAUUAUACGGCUACUGGUGCCGAAGCAGCUGCGGUCGCACUAAAUGCUGGGACGGAUCUCGACUGUGGCUCAGUCUUCCCGGAUUAUCUGAACUCAUCUAUUGCACAGAGUUUGACAACGACUAAGGCUCUGGACCAGGCUAUGGUCAGAUUGUACUCGUCAUUGGUCAAGCUGGGUUAUUUUGACCCAGUUAAAGACCAACUAUAUGGGUCCUUGGGGUGGUCGGACGUUGGUACCCCAGCCGCUCAAAAAUUGGCUCAAAGGGCCGCGGUAGAGGGAACCGUGCUGCUUAAGAACGCCAACACGCUUCCUUUAUCGGCAAACAAGACGCUGGCUUUGAUCGGGCCGUAUGCAAAUGCGACAGGCCAGCUACAGGGUAAUUACCAGGGCACCGCCGAAUAUAUUCGGACGAUGAUUUGGGGCGCGACACAUGCUGGAUACAAGGUCAACUUCGUUCCAGGCACUGAGAUCAAUACCACCGACACUUCUGGGUUCGAUGCCGCUGUGAGCGCGGCCAAACAAGCCGAUAUAGUGAUUUACGCUGGAGGCAUCGAUAACACAAUUGAGGCGGAGGGCCAUGAUCGCAUGACAAUUGAUUGGCCUGGAAACCAGUUGGAUCUGAUCCAGAGUCUGGCGCAGGUUGGUAAGCCCCUGGUCGUCGUGCAAUUCGGAGGAGGGCAACUGGAUGACUCGACUCUACUGUCCAACGAUGGCGUCGGAGCAUUACUUUGGGCGGGUUAUCCUAGUCAAGCUGGCGGUGCGGCUGUGUUCGAUAUCUUGACAGGAAAGGAAGCUCCGGCUGGACGACUCCCGGUUACCCAGUAUCCUGCGAAAUACGUCGACGAGGUGGCUAUGACAGACAUGGCACUGCGACCUGGAAGUGACAAUGUUGGUCGGACCUAUCGAUGGUACGAGGACGCUGUACUGCCAUUCGGCUAUGGGCUUCACUAUACGACUUUCCAAGUCUCCUGGAAGAAGAGCAACCCCAGACCGUACAACGCGGAUAGCCUUGCUAUGCACGCGUCCAAAAUAGCACCAGUGGAUACUGCACUCUUCGACACUUUCACUCUUGCUGUCAGCAAUACCGGAAACGUGACGUCUGAUUAUGUGGCACUUGUGUUCCUGACAACUGACAACGCUGGACCCACGCCAUAUCCAAUUCAGACUUUGGUAGGCUACCAAAGGGUCAAGAAAAUUAGGCCUGGGGAGACCCGUAAGGUUGAUAUCGAUGUCACAUUGGGUUCAGUUGCCCGAACUGCAGACAAUGGUGACUUGGUGGUAUACCCUGGUUCCUAUAAGCUGCAGGUGGAUGUUGGAGGCAAAUAUCCGACAUCGGGCUUUCAAAUUGUUGGAAAGGAGAAAGUGUUGGAUCAGUUCCCACAGCCCGCAAAAUAG